GAAGUAGUAAAUGCGCAAGUGUAUGCAACACACGCACACAAACACAAACACAAACACAAACAAAACACAGUGAGGUCAAUCAAUGUCUUUGGCGGUGCGGUGUGUAUUGUAAUUUUGUGUUAGUUCAUCCUCUCUUACUUUCAAGUUUCAACAACUCUUAACAGUUAACCCCCACAAAUUUCGUGUCCUUUUUCUUCCAAUUUCUGCUCCACCUUCCUCUACUUCACUCUCUUUUCUACAUUUUGCACUUCGAUUCCGAUCCGAUGAUGCAUGCUUAAGAACCACGAUUCUUCAAUACGACACCGCUUCUUUUUUCUUCUAGGGUUUCCUUCAUGGCUAUCAGAGGCGUCGAUUUCAAGUGGUACGAUGGGUUUUUCUUGUCCAUGCUCGCAACCAGUGUAGUUAUUGUUGCAAUGAAUUGGAAGCGUUACCAUUCUUGUACAUACCCUUUGCACAUAUGGAUUGUGGUGGACUACACUACUGUGUUUGUUUUGAGGCUCUUGAUGUUUGUGGAUAAUGGGCUUGCUGCGGGAAUGGGAUUAGAUUUUGGGUGGCAGCAGAGGUAUGCUCGUUUCUGUGGAAGAGUAGUAGUCCUUUCAGUCCUUGCAUUGCUUCUCUAUCCAUUUCUUUGGGCUUGGACUAUUAUUGGUACCCUGUGGUUUAGCAGUUCCAAGAACUGUUUGCCUGAACAGGGUCAGAAAUGGGCCUUCCUCAUCUGGUUGCUUUUUAGCUACUGUGGACUCUUUUGCAUUGCUUGCAUCUCACUUGGGAAGUGGUGGACACGGAGACAAGCACACUUAUUGCGGGCCCAACAGGGUAUCCCUGUAUCUGAAUACGGGGUUCUGGUUGAUAUGAUCCGCGUUCCUGAUUGGGCAUUUGAAGCUGCAGGUCAAGAAACAAGAGUCAUGGCCCAAGAUGCUGCCACAUAUCAACCAGGACUUUACUUAACUCCAGCUCAGAGAGAAGCAGUUGAAGCUUUAAUUCAGGAACUCCCAAAGUUCAGGUUAAAGGCUGUUCCUACUGAUUGCAGUGAAUGUCCCGUCUGCUUAGAAGAGUUCCAUGAAGGGAAUGAGGUCCGUGGCUUGCCUUGCGCUCACAAUUUUCAUGUUGAAUGCAUUGAUGAGUGGCUUAGGCUGAAUGUGAAAUGUCCUCGGUGCCGAUGCUCGGUGUUUCCAAAUCUUGAUCUCAGUGCCCUGUCCAACCUCCGUGCUGAUUCCGAACGUUCGCCUGCGAGUGUUAUGACAACAACCAGAUAUGUGAGAGGCCAACCUGCUAGUCAAAGUUACCGGUUACGAUUACAGGGUCUUCUCCGCCCAGUGCGUGCUGAAGUUGCAGGGCCAGUUGGUGACACCGAUGAUGCUUUGGAUAAUGCUGAGAACGGAGCUGUACCUGUCGGGAGUCGAAAUGCAUCAACUAGAGAGCAGGUCUCUUCUGUUGAAUGCAUGCCUGUGAGUGUUUCCUCUGCACAAAGUUAAACUACAUGGUUUCGGAACUUGUUAUAUUUCUAACCCAUUAUAGAAAAGUUGAACUUCUGUUAUCCAUAUAUGGCCUUGUAAAAGUGGUGCACAUUCUAACAUGAAAUUUUCAUAUUGGUCCAUGAAGAAAUGGAUCAGUUUCUUGUCUUGGGCAUCUUGGAGUAGUAGGAAUUGGGAAAUCAUAGUAUACCUUUUUGCUUAACUAACAUAUUAGCUCUGUAGAUGUGUAAUUGCCUUUCUUAUUUUGGUCGUGUAUAUUAAUUCUGAAGCGUGAAUUGUAGAGUUUUCAUCUCAAUGGAUUUUUCAAGGAGUUAUCUCGCUUUGUUGUCA